AUGUUCCAGAAUAUAUCAUUCGAAAGGAAUAAAGUCAAUGGAAUCGAUAGUGACGAGGAAGAAGAAUUGGAUGAAAGAAUAGACACUCCCAAAUCUGUUAGAGGAAAUUCAUUUUUGAAAAGAACAACAGUCAAAAUCCCUUUGAAAGAUGAUAAAACUACCAAUACCAAAAGAUCAGGUACACCAACAGCUGUAAAUAAAUUAACAAAGUAUCAAUCCAGAAAUAGUACCCCACUCAAGAAGAGAUAUUCCGACAAUGAUAGAGAAGAUACUUUGAUUAGAGAGGCCAAGUUGAUCUCAGACGACAACGAAUUGGCGUAUGGAUCUCCCGGCAGGAGUUUCUUGAAACCUAUUACUAAGAGUCCAUUUCUGUUUGAAAAAUCAAUUGGUUCUCCACCAUCCUUCAAGAUAAAACCAGCUGAUGUGGAAAAGAGUGGUGGAAUAGAGGUCACUGUUAAAAAUAGUGAUAUACCUAAACAACAAGAAGUCAUGGAAGAUAUUGAAUUUGAGUCAGCUGGAUCUGAUGAUGACAUACAAGGACCUUCAUUACAGAAUAAUAAUUUCAAAGAAACUGUCCACCAAGAGCCACCAAUGCAGAGGUCUCCAACGCAAGUUCAAAGUAAUUCUCCUCGUAUUUCUGUAAGACAUCAGUCUCCUGCAUUUUCAGACAGGGGUCCAAGAAUUUCAUCGACUUUUGGUAAUUUAUCACCUGCUCCUUCAGUUGCACCCAGACCGGUUUCGUCCCAGGAAAGAAAUGCUCCCCAUAGAGGGAUUUCAACAGUUGAUCCACAAAUCAGGGAUUCGAAGAAGAAUACUCGUGAAACCCACAAAAGAACAUUUUCACGAAAUGUCCAAGAACGUUCAUCAUCUCGUCAUGUAUCACCCCCUGCACCACUGGUCCGUCUGACAUCACCUCAAAUCAUUGAAAGAGCUCAAACUUCUCCUCAAUUCAAAGAAAGACCUAAUAACAUUGCUUCAAGUGUUGAAGCAGAAUCCAUAUCUACAACUAUCGAUAAAGGAAGUCUUCAAGUCGGAAUACCCUCAAGAAUUGAAGUUGAACAUGAUAGAGCUGAAAUCAUGGAAAAGAUUGAUCCUCGAAUGUCUUUUGAAGAUAAUGAAAUUGAUUUGGAAAGUGGGAUUUCAUCAGAUGAUAAUGCUGCACAAUUGUUGAAUGAGUUGGAUUCUUUCCUCCCAAAAUCCAGCCCCAAUAAGCUCAACUUCACCAAUGGGAGACAAUGGAAUGGUACGACCAAUGGGAACUCAAAUGGUAGAGAUUAUGGAGUACGAGGUCUCAAUGGACUUGAUAAUUCUUCAAUCAAUAGAGCUCGUAUCAACAGACGUCCGCUCAACAGUACUACACCCGAGUUAACUCCUAUCAGAAAACAUUAUGGAAGACUCAACGAGAGAUUUGCUAGACACUUGAACAACAAAAGAAAGCAAGAGAGAAAAUCGGAAUUAGCAACACAAUUUGAAUUGACCGAGUCAGAAAAACUCGAAAUCCCUGAACCCGAAUCUCCAGAAGAAGAAGCAGAACAAGAAGAACAAGAAGAAGAGAAUCAAGAUGUAUGGACUAAUCAUAAAUGGAGGAAAUUGAAUAAGUUAAUCAUGUGUGGAAAAUUCACUAUCCAAGAUAUUUUAAAUAGUCAAGUAUCAACUAAAUGGUUCCAAUGUAAGAAUAAAGAAGAUUUGAAACAGAGAAUUGAAUUCCUUAUUCAAUUCAAUGAAUAUAGGAUCAAGAAAAAUUAA